AUGCUGGGGACCUGCCUCAGACUGCUGGUGGGUGCUCUGUGCAGCGUCUGCAGCUUGGACACUGUUAGAGCCUACCCGGACUCCUCCCCAAUGCUUAGCUCCAACUGGGGAAGCCUGACCCACCUGUACACGGCCACAGCCAGGAACAGCUACCACCUACAGAUCCAUAAGGAUGGCCACAUAGAUGGCACACCCCAUCAGACCAUCUACAGUGCCCUAAUGAUUAGGUCAGAGGAGGCAGGCUUUGUGGUCAUCACAGGGGCCAUGACUAGCAGGUUCCUGUGUAUGGAUCUCAGAGGCAACAUUUUUGGAUCGCGUCACUUCAGCCGGGAGAACUGCAGGUUCCGCCAGUGGACGCUGGAGAACGGCUACGACGUCUACCUGUCGCCUCAGCAUCACUACCUGGUGAGCCUGGGCCGUGCCAAGCGCGUCUUCCAGCCCGGCACCAACCCGCCUCCCUUCUCGCAGUUCCUGGCGCGCAGGAACGAGGUCCCGCUGCUGCGCUUCUACACGGCGCGGCCGCGGCGCCACACGCGCAAGCCCGUGUCCUGCUCGCGCGAGCUGCCGAGCGCCGAGGAUUACGACCCCGAGGUCAGCGACCCGCUGGGCAUCGUGCUCCGGGACCGCGGGGUCCCUCCCAGAGGCGCGAACCGGUGCCGGCCCUUUCCCAGGUUCGGCUAGGUCGCCGGCCGCGGCGGCCUCCGCCCCAGUCCUCCGGCCGGCUCAGCCCGCCCGCAAGGCGGAGGGCUGGGGAGCCGUGAGGACGUCUGCCUCUCUCCCUUCCCUUUGGGCCUGCGGGUCACCUCGGAGGGUGUCCCCACCCUCCCACCCCCC